GUCUCCGCAGCGCCUGCCGAGGGGACGCCCCCUUCCCUGCGGCCCCGGGGAGGUGCCAGGGGUCCCUGAAGCAGAGGACGAGGGAGCGGGCUGCCUAUGCGCGCCGUCCGGGAAGAGGGGCUCCCGGGCCUCCAGAGUCGCCAAGGCGGGUGUGAUGCAAUCACGCCGGUGGCUGCGUCAAGGGGCGGCUCCCGGGACGCGGGGACUGCGGUAGAGCCGUCCCGGCCGCUGCCCACAUCGUCCCCGCCGCCGCCGCCAGCGCUGGUCCCACGCCCCCGGUAACCCCUGACAGCCGCCGCCCGCACCCAUGAAGUCAGCGGCGAGCUCGCGCGGGGGCGGCGGCUGGGGCGGAGGACGAGGUGGAGGCGGCAAGGGAGGCGGCGAUGGCUGCGGCCCGGGCGGCCGGGGCGGCCUCGGGGCGCGGACGCGCGGCCUGGGCGGCGUGCGGGGCCGGGGGCGCGGCCUGGGCGGCGGGCGGGGGCGCGGCGGCGCGGGCAGGAGCAGGGGCCGCCGCAGGAAGGGCGCCGCCGCGGUGUCGGUGGAGCCGCACCGGCACGAGGGCGUCUUCAUCUACCGCGGGGCGGAGGACGCGCUGGUCACGCGGAACAUGGUGCCGGGGCAGUCGGUGUACGGCGAGCGGCGGGUCACGGUGAGCGAGGGCGGCGCGAAGCAGGAGUACCGCGCGUGGAACCCCUUCCGCUCCAAGCUGGCCGCGGCCAUCCUGGGUGGCGUGGACCAGAUCCACAUCAAGCCCAGGGCCAGGGUGCUGUACCUCGGCGCCGCCUCGGGGACCACCGUCUCGCACGUCUCCGACAUCAUCGGGCCCGACGGCCUGGUCUACGCGGUCGAGUUCUCCCACCGCGCGGGCCGCGACCUGGUCAACGUGGCCAAGAAGCGCACCAACAUCAUCCCGGUCCUGGAGGACGCGCGGCACCCGCUCAAGUACCGCAUGCUCGUCGGGAUGGUGGACGUGAUCUUCGCCGACGUGGCGCAGCCGGACCAGUCCCGCAUCGUGGCCCUGAACGCCCACACCUUCCUGCGCAACGGGGGCCACUUCCUCAUUUCCAUCAAGGCCAACUGCAUCGAUUCCACCGCCUCCGCCGAGGCGGUGUUCGCUUCAGAGGUGAGGAAGCUGCAGCAGGAGAACCUAAAGCCUCAAGAGCAGCUGACCCUGGAGCCCUAUGAGAGGGACCACGCCGUGGUCGUCGGGGUCUACAGGCCUCCUCCCAAGAGCGGCAGCAAGUAGCACCCAACUGGGGCUGCCCCCGAGAUCCCCCCAGGACUGCUGGGUUCAGUGUUACUAUGUAUGUGUUUGUGUGUUGUUUUCCUUUCUUUUGUUUUUCUAUUAAAUGGCAUAAAGAAACAGUC